AUGAAUUUUGCGGAACAUUCAAAGGAAGUCUAUUCUGUUGAUUAUAAUACAGUAAAUAAGGAUUGUUUUGUGAGCGGAUCCUGGGACAAUACCAUUAAAUUAUGGAAUUUACAAGCUGCAGGAGCAGGACAAACCAAUGCAAGUUCUGUUGAGACUUUUGAUGAACAUCGUUAUUGUGUAUAUUCAACAAUUUUUUCACCAAUCAAUGGAGAUUUAUUUAUGAGCUGCAGUGGAGAUAUGACCAUGAAGAUUUGGGAUGUACAUGACAUUUCAAGCAUACAAACAGCACGAGUUCACAAUUAUGAAGUGUUGGCAUGUGACUGGAACAAGUUCAAUGAGCAUAUUGUCUGUACAGGUGCUGUCGAUAAAACCAUUAAGGUCUGGGAUUUGAGAAAUUUGAAUCAACAUGGUGCUGGAGUUGUGGGAGGAACAUCAUCCACUGCAUCAGAUUCUUCUAUUUGCACCCUCUCUGGACAUGGAUUUGCUGUGAGACGUGUGAAAUUCUCUCCUCAUGAUGAAAAUAUUAUUGGAAGUGUCAGCUAUGACAUGUCCUUGUGUAUUUGGGAUACUGAGCAAGGAAGCGACAAUGCUCUCCUCGAAAAAUAUGAGCAUCACUCUGAGUUUGUUAUUGGAUUAGAUUUUAAUUUGGAAAUGGAGGAUGAGCUGGCAAGUUGCAGUUGGGACGAGACAGUGUAUGUGUGGAUGCGAGGAGAGGAGCCAGUUCCAACUCACGAAGAGAAUGAAAACGAAAAUGACGAAGAAGAUAAUGAAAUUGUUGCUCAAUUUAGACAAGUCUUAGGUUUAGCAAGAGGUGGAGGAGGAGUUGAAGAUGAGGAUGAAUAUGAAGAGGAUGAGGAAGAAGAAGAGGACGAGGAGGAUGAAGAAUAA